CUUCUCUGGCUCUCUCUCUCUCUCUCUCUCUCUCUCUUGGUGUCUCAGUCCACACCAUUCUGCUCUCCCGAUCCACGCAGUGCCCACUGCAGCAGCAGCAGCAAUCGCCGCUUCUGCCCCUCGCUCCUGAUUUUCUCUGUUAAGCUUGUUCACUCUGGGAUCAAUACACAACCCACAAUUUAGUUUCGUUGGAUUGCGUUAAGGGUGUUUUGUGAGGCCUUGAGGGAGCUUUUUGGAUGGCAAGCAGUUGCGGGGAGCUUGUGUGAAGGGUCUGAUCUUUGGGUUGCGUUCCGAAUUUAGGACUCUCUCUCUCGCUCUCUUUCUCACUUGUGUGCUCUUGUGUAGCAGGUGCACAGAGAGAGAGAGAAAAUUGUAAGAUAUGGCGCAAGUGAUGAGAGUAAUGCAAGUGUUUGCCAUCUGUGGGAGUAAGGCAGCCAUGCUGCAAGGGUUUUCGCAGAGCCUGGACGUUGGUAAAGUUGUCUUUGAAAGGUCGAAGAAAUCUUUGCAUCACUCAAGUGGAGGUGCUCCUUCGACCUCUUUACGCGUUUCCUCACGAUUGAAGGAGGAACAGAAGUCUGAGACUUUGACUGUGGUGGCCCCUGCAACCAUUGCUUCCACCUUCAUGGUGAAUGCUGGGGUGGCAAAUGCCCUUACUGGUGACGAUAUCCCUGGAGCCUUCUACAAAGUUCAAUCGGUCACUUCUCAAGUGACACAAACAGCAGGAAGCGCGGUUGGAGUGGUGAAAGAUGCACUUCAGCAGCUGUUCACAAUUGUGAAACCCGCAGUGGAGGUAGCUACGCCAUAUAUUCAACAGACUGCAGAUACAGCUUACAGGGCUGCGCUACCUGUAGCAUUAGACUUAGAGCAGCAAGCUGAAAACGCGCUCCAAGGUGCCGGUAUUGACACACAACCAAUUGUGGAUGCUGCCAAGACAGUGGUGUCUGUAACAGGCGAGGCAGUUGGGCAGGCCGAGAAUUAUAUCGAAGCAGCUCAGCCAUACGCUCUCAGCACUUUCGAGAGCAUACUGGCCUCUGAUCCCCUCGUUUUGGCCACAGGAGCUGGAGCCUUGUUGCUUGUUUACUUUUUGGCACCCCCUUUGCUCUCAAGUGUGUCUUAUGCAGCUCGGGGUUACAAAGGUGAUUUGACUGCUCCUCAGACAUUAGAUUUGCUUGUCAAAGAUAAUUACACUCUCGUGGACGUGAGAACUGUCAGAGAGAAAACCAAAUCUGGUGUACCCAGUUUGCCCAAGAAUGCCAAGAAGAAAAUUUUACCUGUCCCGGUUGAAGAGCUACCAGGGAAAUUGAAGGGACAAUUGCGAGAUGUUCGGAGAGUGGAGGCAGAAAUUGCAGCGUUGAAAAUCGCAGCUAUGAAGAGACUAAACAAAAGCUCAAAGAUUGUCAUCAUCGACUCGAACGGGAAUGUUGCCAAGUCCAUAGCGAGGUCACUUUCAGAAUUAGGCUUCAAGAACACUUGGGUUGUACUUGAUGGAUAUGAUGGUGGAAAGGGCUGGUUACAAAGCAAACUUGGGUCUGAAACAUACCAGUCUUACUCCUUCGGUGAAAUUUUGUCUCCUUCUCGCGUCAUUCCUGCAGGGACCAAGAGAUUUUUCUCUAAUACUUCCAAGGAUGAGGUUGUCGAUGUCGGGAGUUCUCGAUUCAAAUUUCUUCCAGAACCAUCUGACGACUAGGACAAUUCUUCUGAUCAUGCUAGUCAUGCUUAUAUAUAUACGGAAAUUUCUUCCCUUGAAAAGCUAGCUCUCGGGCUGAAUGAUCAUUUUUCUUCAAUCCGAGCAGAAGCAUAAGAUAAUGAUGAAAAGUAGAAACUUGGUUUUCUCAAUGGAACACAUUUUAGUAGGUGAUUACGGAUUAGUUGUACAUACAUGGUAGCUCUAGUUUAGAGUUUUGAGGUGAUAUAUCUAGAGUUUAGAGAGCUUAAUCUGUGCGAAAUCUAGAGCACUUUAGUUGAGAGGUCAAGUGGCUAAGCAUCAAAUUUUGUCGCUUGUUGCAUUGUAUCCAACAUUGAUGAACUAUUCACAUGAAUGGUGAACGGGCAUGAUCGUUCAAAAAUCUCUUUCUGAAAUUUGGAAA